AGAGAGCAGAAUUUGCCUCCCCGCUGGUUGGAUCCCCGCCCUGCCAGAGGUUGACCAGCACUGGAUCUCGAAGGCUCUGUUCCGGUGGUCACCCUCUGGUCAACCAGAGUUUGAACUUGACAAGGUGGACAGAAUGUGGUGGUAUCCACCUCAGCAGUCGCUGACAUCCAGUGCCAUCCCAGCAAUGGAGCAGUUCUUUGGGCACCCUCUGUUCCUGUGGAUGCCCAGGAAGCUGUGGCGUGUGCGACUGCUCUGUCCACAUCAAGACUGUGGGAAGGCAGAGCUCACCUCUGCGGGACUCCAUCAGAGGGUCAGGCUGGUGGUUGGUGUCAGCGGCUCUUACUACCUGGUAGCCGAAUACCUUGCAUGUAAGAGUUGCAAAAGGAAGGUCAUCAGCUGGAGCCACAACAUCGUCUCUCAGCUAGACAUUGGUCACCGCCUGCAUUUCCCAUGUCUGCUGACAUACAAGCUGGGGUGCGACAUGCAGGUUGUGCGCUUGAUGCGUCAGCGGGGACUGGGGAACAGCAGCAGCCAGCUCCAAAAACAGCUGGAGGAGCAGCAUGCAGAGAGCUGGCUGGGGAAAACAAUUCAGUUCCUCACUGCUUACAGAGGAGUUGCACGUGCAAUAUCCUCGGGGCUGAUUUUGCCAGUGCCGCUAGGGGACUUGCCAGUUAUGCCUGCAGUGCCAAAACAUCGCUGGUUGAUGCAGGUGUAUGCCCAAGAUGUCCUUGGCAGACUGGACGAAGUUAAGGCUUCCAUCACCUCACUCUUUGGCCAGGUCCUGAAGAUGGACUCUACAAAGAAAAUUGUAAGGAAGCUAGCUGGUCAGGCACGGUCUACAGCUUCUUGGGCCACCAACGUUGGAAAUGAGCAUGGACAUGUCAUCAUGUCUGUUCUCACAGCAAGUGAGGGCUGGGGCCUGAUGAAGAUGGCAGAGGGUCUUGUGAGGCGUUACAAGGAUGCUGGUGUGCCACCUCCAGAGAUCCUUUAUGUGGACCGGGACUGCUGUGGGAACUCUCACCUUUUAAAAAUCUUUGGUGCAUGGCCAGGCAUGAAGAUCCGGUUGGACAUCUGGCACUUCAUGAGGAGAUUUGCCACCGGUUGCACCACAGAUUCCCAUGCCCUCUACACCAGCUUCAUGGCCCAACUCUCCCGCUGCAUCUUUGCGUGGGAUCAGAGCGACCUGCAGCGACUCAAAGCUGCCAAGCGGGCAGAGCUGGAAGCAAGCCACCUGCGUCCCACAGUGGAAGAUGUCGCACGCCAUAUCUCCAAGGCUGAGACUAUGCUUCACUGCAGGAGAGCUGUCCGGGAAAGUGGGGAGAUGGGUGACCUGCUGAAGGACUUGAUAGAGGCAUACUCUGGAGAGAAGGGUUGCAAUACCCUUGGUGUGCCUCUGAUCAACAGAGCAAGGAUGGCAGAAAUCUUGAAGGCCCAGCUAAAACACCUUCCCUGCCUCCAGGACCCUCCAGGUUUCCAGUUAUACACCCAGACUGGGACACUGAAGAAGGCUGGUCAUGUGCUUCCUACAUUCCGAUGUGCCAGAGGGUCCACCUCGUUGGAAAGUUUCCACUUGCACAUGAAUAGAUUCAUCCCAGGAACCCUGGCAAGUGACACCUUUUUCCAGGCAUAUCUGGUUGAUGGUCUAUUCAGGUGGAAUGAGGACAGGACCAUAACAGCAGAGGGGACCGAGGGGCCUCGUUCAUACAGUGGCCUCCUAAAGCAUGCUGCCAACCAGUUGUCAGAGGAGGUGCUUGGGAGAAAACUGGUGGAGUACACGGCCCCACGGAAAUACACUGGAGAGCUUAUAGGUAUAGAAUACCUAUACAACCAAAAUAAUGCAGUGAUGGAGGACUACAAGUUGGCCUUGGUGACACUGGAGACAGAAGACAUCACUGUUGCAGAGGGGGAGUCUUCUUUGGAGCCAUGUGACAUCGAGGAUCCAACUGUCCCAACCCUGGAGACAAUAUGGCCUCCACAACAGCUCACCCCUCCAGCUGCCCGUCCACUGCCCGUCCAGCCACUGCUCUGCCAGCUGCCCGUCCAGCCACUGCUCUGCCAGCUGCCCGUCCAGCCACUGCUCUGCCAGCUGCCCGUCCAGCCACUACUCUGCCAGCUGCCCGUCCAGCCACUGCUCUGCCAGCUGCCCGUCCAGCCACUGCUCUGCCAGCUGCCCGUCCAGCCACUGCUCUGCCAGCUGCCCGUCCAGCCACUGCUCUGCCAGCUGCCCGUUCAGCCACUGCUCUGCCAGCUGCACUCUCUGCAGCUUUUACAGUUGCCCCUAUGCAUAGUGCUCCCCAGCAAGACACACAGGACUUGGUAG